ACAUAUUGAGAUACGUAGAGAGAUUGAUAUCCCUUUGGAAAACUAGAUCACGUACAACAUCCCCUUCCAGAGGGGCGUCUUUCAAAACGAUUGGAUGAGUCCUAUGAUCUUUUUCAACACAAUUCUUCUUCUAUCUCUCGCAUUACGAAUUUUUUCCCGAUAUCCUUGUAGCGACACUAUUCAUCGCGAGAACAAGGUCAUUUCCGUAUUUUAUAUGGAUUAUCUGAAGACAUAUGCUUAUGGAGCAAGCAAACUUUAACUUGCUUUAAAUAUCGUCAAGAAGUUCACAGAAAAGAUUAGCAUAGACUUUGUAUUGGACGAGUGUGCGAAGAUUCAUCUGAAAAAAGGAAAGAUUAUUGACGUUCCCGAUGACCCUCAGCUUGGGGAUAUAAAUGUUACUAGACAGCUUGAAACUGGAGGGACCUAUACAUACCUAUGCAUGCCUCAAAGCCGCAAUCAGGACUUAACAUCAGUGAUCAAUGGACGAAGCAUGAGCUUACGGCCCUUGUUAUCGCAACACGUAAGAUCAUGCAUAUGCAUUAGAGCCUGCAAAUCAAUUUGUCUGUUCCGCGAUAAUACAUCUCACGCCGUAAAGGCAGACGCGGACUUUUAAGUGACAAACCUCUUCAUAACCGAAUUGUUUCAAGUACAACUUCGUUGGAAAUAGCAGAGAUCUUCGGUUAAAAGUAUUCCGGAAACAUGAAAUAAUUAGCAAACGAGUGUUCCUUAAGAAAGACGUGGAGCAGGCGACUGAAGCCUUAUGCCUCAAUUUUAACAUCAGAAUGUUCGCUGCGACCCUGCCCUGGCAAAAGCCCCGCGGAAGACAGAGUCAAUUCUGUAUAAGGAUAAGUGCCAAAUUUUCUGGCACUGCGAUUGUCGGACAGCAUUCUCCAUUGCACACUCGAGACCUGAAAUCGUUCUCUAAUACUUCGAAAAGCGAACUAUAUUCGUACUCAAAUUCUCGGCUUGGACCGAAUAUAUCACUGCCAAGGAGAAAGAAAAAGAGGAGCAACGCUUUUCCAGAAAAUUUCUUCCCAAGAACGAAAGUUAAAGUCUAUCUUUUUCCAACAAACGAAGACAAGCUUUUCCUCAGGACAAGUUCGAGUGGAAUACGAGGUGUGUUCAAAAAAUAAGGUGUCUUUAUGGUUUUCUCAAAAAAUAUACAUUUAUUCCUCGAUAU